AUGUGUAUGUCCUUCGCGCUACUGGUAGCUGCUGCCACCAUUCUCCUCACGACCAACCACGCUACGGGCGUCUCGGCGUUGGAGUCAACAAACCUGGCUCGCUCACUCCAAGUUAACGAGCACGUCGGCAACGAAACGAGAUCCCUCCGCAUCCAUGAAUUGGAAAACGAAGACGAGAAUGAUGAAGAAGAGGAGAAUGAAGGGGACGGGGAAGAGGAAGAGAGAGCUGGCGGAGCGAACCUCUUUGCGGAGUCCAAGCUCAAGCAGAUGAUGAGCGGAGUGAAGCUAUUCAAGCGAUUCAAGAACUGGAAGGCCUACGGUCUUUCCCCUGGCGACGUCAGCAUCAGGCUGGAGAAUGCUGGUAAAUGGGACGACUACAAAGAGCUCUACUUCACGUACCAGAAAUACUACUCCACAAUCUAA